CAACAUUUAUUUCCGUGUACCAACAUUCAUUCCUUGUUUUUGUGAACCAGGUUGUUGUUGUAAAAUAAUUUUCAAGAAAAACAUGUACGUUUUAAGUGUUUGUCUGUUUGUGGUUUUCUCUCCUUUCACUCUAGGUGUUAACUAUUUUCAGUGCAAUGCCUGUUGUACGUUUGAUGGUCCAGGAUGGGAACACAUGGAGUAUACUGUCAGACAUUUUUAUAACAAGAAAUUAGGGAUGUUGUACAACAGCACAACUGGCAACUACACAGGAUUUACAGAGUAUGGAAUUCACGUGGCACAUGUCCUUCAGAAUGAUCCCUACGGACAAAUUGCAAGAAAAAUCGAAAAUGACUUGAUGUGCAAAGACAGGCUAUUUGUGGUCAAAGACUUAGAUGUUGGCAUGACUUGUUGCUUUUUGAGACCUUUUAGCCUACUUCACUUUGUCAGACAUGUUCUAUUUGAGUUAUUUCUUGAUUCAUCUGGUCUGGCAGUAAUCAGGUCUGGGGGGCAUUUACUUUUUCACAUAGUUCCAGGCAAUUUCACAGUUGCACCCACUGUCAAAGUGACUCGAGUGAUGCACCCCUCAGGGCUUCUGUGCAGCGCUUACGAUUUCUAUCCAAAACAAAUCAGAGUCAUGUGGUUCCGGAAUGGACAGGAGGUCGUUUCUUUCACUGAAGCGAUACCUGAUGGGGAUUGGUACUACCAGAUUCAUUCCUAUCUGGAGUAUACCCCAACUCCUGGACAAACCAUAAGCUGUGUGGUAGAACACACCAGCCUCCACGAACCUCUGAUUCAGGUCUGGGACUCCUCUCUUCCCAAGUCACAAAGGAUUAUAGAUGGUGUGGGAACAUUUUUCCUGGUCCUUGGUUUAGUCUGUAUGAGCGUUGGAUUUAUCUACUACAAGAGGAAGUCUGCAGCACCUUUGACACUUUGUCGAGGGCGGGAGAUGGUUCCUGUUGAGGUCGUUCCUGUGGCUGGAGCCCUGUAGUCUGAACAAACACCUGUAUUGUUGGUAAUAUAGUGGCUUUAAUGAAAAUAUCAGAGACGCACACACAGUUAUGUUGUACUCACCUGAAGGAAAAACAAAUGUAAGUGUGUUUUUUAGCAACAGCAAUAACUUAUAAUAAGACUGUAUAUAUGCUUUAAAGGGUGGUGUUGCAGUAUAACUCAGUAAAGACAGCUAAAAAAAACAUAGAAUAAACAUAUCUCACCUGAAUAAUUUUAUUUUAUUUACACAGUGUUACUGCCUUGACCGAUUAUAUUACAGAUGUUGAUCAAAUACAAACAGAUGAUACAAGUGAAAAUAAAGGCUUUUGCAU